AGGUAGAUGUUUAAUAUCUCAACCGUCGGCGUUAAUGCUUAAGUUUCGAUUUCUCUAGAAAUAGACUCCAAUCCUGGUUUUCUCAGAGGGGCGGGUCCUUAACGGUGAACUCCAUAAAAGUGAUAUAAAAAGACAUCUCCUUGGAAGCAAAGCCAGUAUGCAAAAUGGAGGUCUUUCUCGUGAGUCUGCUUUUCUCACUGGUCUGCACGGUGUCGUCUUUGACCUGUAAUCAGUGUAUUCCAGAUGCUUCUCUAACAUGCAGUGAAACUCAGAAAACUUGCAGCUCGCAGGAAACAAGUUGUGCUAGUGCAGCAAUUACAACCUAUGCAGGAGGGCAGACUAUUAAUGUCAAUGCCAAAGACUGCGCAGCUCCAGCUGAGUGUGGUGAAGUGGUGUCUGUGAAUUUUCUUGCAACACGAGUCACUGUCAACGUUCAGUGCUGUAACACAAAUAACUGCAACACUGGCCUUCCUCCAGCUUACACUGACAACACUCCAAAUGGUCUGAAGUGCUGUGUUGAUGAAAAUUGCCAGAAUACUGUGCAAUGCCUUGGAAAGGAAGAUACUUGCAUAUCUGUUGUAGCUCAAGCUAGUGGAGUAACAGUGAAGACCAAAGGAUGUGCAACGAACAAUGUGUGUGGAUCCCAGUCCUCACAGAUAGCUGGUAUAACUGGAGAAAUAAACUGCUGUAAGGGAAACCUCUGCAACCACGCCAAGCGCAUCACCCUGGACAUCCUUCUGGCUUUGCUCCCAAUUGUUGUACUCAAGUUCAUCUUUUAGUGGUGAAAACAACUUUAGUCAUAAAUGCAACUCCAAGAGACAAAUAAUCAUCUUUACUGAGUAUUUCCUUAUGAAAUUUUCAGUCCUUUGCAAAAUUUUCAAUUAUGUCAAUUUUGUUAAUCCUUCUGUAAGCAUAAAAUGUGUAAUGUUUGAAAAGAAUACUUUGUAUUUUAGAUAGGGUUACUGAUUUUUAAUAAAUUUGAUAUGCUUUAUUGUUA